GCACAUCCGGUCACUAAAGAAAAAGAAUAUUCCUGUGUGUGUGGCGGGGAAGUACAAUAAAACCAAUACCUCAUGAGAAGGGCAACAGAACUACAACAAUACUUGUGUGUGUGUGCGCGCGCGCAAAGUGCGUUUACCAAGUGUUCUCCGUCUCUAUCAGAUUGUUUUCCUGAGAAGGUAGGACGAUCACAUAUAAUAUUAUUAAGUGUGUAAAUAAGGCAGAUGGUCAGUUUUUUUUCUCUCAGGGUAGGGGAUGCCUGUUGAUAUUUCAGUGAGUUGCUCCAGCAUUUUGUGUUUUUCGCUCCCAACAGCGCAGCCAUUCACAAUUCGCCGUCUCCGACCCAGCGAUCAACUGCGCAGGCGUCGGGGGAGGAGCGAGGGAAAAAAAUCCCCGAAAUUGCGCAUGCGCUCAACGGACAAAUGACUCUGGCGAAUUGGACGUAGGUCGAAUCAAGGCUGCAGUUUGGGGAUCCAUCAGUACUGGCGUCGGUACCGCGGCUAACGGAAAACUUCUGGUUAGAAAUGGCGAAGAAUUGGUGAACGGGAAUCUCAAACUCGAGCACCUCAGGUUUGCUGCGUCUGUGCGGAUUUUAAGGAGUGACCAGAUAUUUCCUCUGUACCACCAAUAUAUUUAUUGCGAUCGUUGGAGACGAAGAAUUAUCUCAUUCCAGCUGAGAAUGUGCUUUGUGACUGAGAUGAAGUUUUCUGUUGUGACUCAGUGAAAUCCACUAGAACUGACGUGCUGAGAACACUAGGUCUUCAACUGCAUUGAUUGUACAAGGGAGUCACUACUUCAUGCAUCUGACUUAGUGAAUUGCUGGAGAGUUGACAGUAGGGAGAUAUCAUUCUCAUUCUGUCACGUGGAAGGGUUUCACUCAGUUAUCUGACCAACUCUCACUGUUCAUUUCACCUUAGAGAAAGGCUGUUCACCUCAGAAUUUGGGAAGGAAUCCAUUCAGUCAUCUGACCUACUGACACACUAAUCAGUUCACACUGGGAAGAUGCCGUUUACUUGCUCAGACUGCGGGAAGGGAUUUCCACAGUCAUGUCAACUGAAGCUACAUCAACGAGAUCACACUAGUAAGAAACAGUUCACCUGCUCAGACUGUGGGAAGGGAUUUAAUUCAUCAUCUCAUCUGCAGAGACAUCGGUUAGUUCACACUGGGGAGAAACCAUUCACCUGCUUAGACUGUGGAAAAGGAUUCACUCGGUCAUCUGACCUUCUCAAACACCAGCCAUUUCACACUGGGAAGUGGUUGUUCACCUGCUCAAAUUGUGGGAAAGGAUUCAGUCGGUUAUCUGAACUGAAAAUACAUCAGCGAAUUCACACUGGGGAAAGGCCAUUCACCUGCUCAGACUGUGGGAAGCGAUUCACUGGGUCAUCUCCCCUGUACAGACACCAGUGAUUUCACUCUGGAGAGAAGGCCAUUCACCUGUUUCGUGUGUGGGAAAGGGUUUGCUCGAUCAUCCCACCUACAGAGACACGAAUCAGCUCACAGUGUGAAGAAACCAUUCACCUGCUCAGACUGUGGAAAGGGAUUUUGUCAGUCUACAGACCUACUGAUACAUCAAUCAGUUCACAGGGGGGAGUAUUUGUUCACCUGCUCAGAUUGUGGGAAAGGAUUCACUGUGUUAUACAACCUACAGGUACACCAGCGAACUCACACUGGGGAGAAACCGUUCAUCUGCUCAGAGUGUGGGAAGCAAUUCGCUCAGGGAUCCAACCUGCAGACACACUUGCGAGUUCACACUGGUGAGAGGCCGUUCUCCUGCUCUGAAUGUGGGAAGCGAUUCAGUCGGUCAUGUGACCUUACAACACACUACCGAGUUCACAGAGAGGACAAAAUUUAAAUAUGCCUCUUGCUGGAUAUUUAACCAUCAACAUUGCUGAAUCCAGAGACAAAUUCAAAAGAGACUGUUGGUGUUGAACUCAGUAAUUCUUGCUGCUGCUUAUCACACCCAGUUCUACACCCUGGCCACUGCAACUGAGAGUUUCUUCUGCUGCUGUUCACCUUUAAUUCUUUAAUGGAAGUGGAAAUUAAUUUUCUGGAUCUGUGAUUAAUAAAUCAGUUCUAUUAUAAAAUUUGCCUUGGGUUCAUGCUGAAUUUACAAGUCACCCCAUAUACAGUAGGGAGUCAUCUUAGUCCAGCUAGACCCUUCCAGUGUUUCUGUUCAUUGAUAAUCCUUUUAAAUCCAUCCUGCUGUUCACCUCUCACUCGCUCUUUGGUGAUGGAUUCCAGACAGUUUCCACUGUGGGUGAAGAAGUUUCCCAUGAAUUUCCUGCAUGACUAUCUGCAGACCGAAGAAGAAGACAAACUGACUGCAGUUAUGUUUCUCUCUCAGAUCUCUUGCCUGAGGAAGAAUAUCCUUGUUGGCCAGAAGGGACUACAGUCUACAAAUCAUUGGAUUUGAAUGAAUGGAGGUCAGUGGAAGUAGACAAAAAGAACAACAGUCUACAAAUCAGUGGAUUCAGAUGAAUCAGGACAGAAGUAGCAGACAAUCCAAAUGUCUUUGUUUUCCCCCAUUUUGUGAAUUCUGAUCUGAUACUUGCUUGGGGAUAAUCUAAUCAGAGCAAUUGAAGGUGGACAUGAGGAGUUUCAAGAGCUGACUCGCUGAAACUGUAUUCAUUCUCAGACAAGUAGCUGUUUAUUAUGUAAAGUUCCAGACCUACCAAAGAAGCAAUCUGUAAUCACGUGUUUGGGUCACCUUGUUUAACUGGUUUGGACCAGUCCAGAGUUGAAAGGCACAAAUACACAAAGAUGGGAGGCAGAAACCAUGGAACAACACUGGUUGUCGUGCUGGACUAGAACAAGUAAGAAGGUGACCUUGAGCCAAUAGAAUGGAAAUCCACUAAUUCAACUGAUGAGGGAAACUGUAAGAGUCUGGAGCUCCAAAUGCAUAAUAGGGGGACUCAGCCUUUCUGUCAAUGGAGUAGCAACAGCUUUUGUGCUGCUCCCAGUUUUGUUCCUUUUCCCCCUAGUUUAAACUUUGAAUUCAGAAUCCUUAUUUGCUGAUUCUUGAAGGGGAACUACAUGUCUUUGAGGAGCAGGAAGAACUUGCCUGAACCUAGUGAUAAAGGUAACGGGAAAGGAAAGAUCUGAUGAAGUGCCAUAAUGGGCUGAAGAUAUGGCUCAGACUUUGAAUUUAAUUAAAGACCAACUGGAAAAGAAUACUAAUGUCUUUUCUGGGAAAUUUUAAAGACCUAGAAACUCAAGUAAUUACACAUGAAGAAGAAUUGAAGGUAACUAAGCGAAAAUUGCUUGAAACUGCAGCUUGUUUGGAAAGAUGUCGAUAAGAUUAUAGAUCUGGAAACUAGGUCUCGUCGAAGGAAUAUACGAAUUGUCAGGUUGCAGGAAGGAGCCGAAAACUGCUUACUUUGGUAAGCUUUUUCAUACUUUGUUGCCUACAAUAUUAUCACAGCCUCCUGCUAUACAAAAAGCACACAAUGCUCUCACUUUGAGAUCUCAAGAUUCAAAUAAACCAAGGUCUAUUUUAGUUUGCUUUCAUCACUUUAAAAUGAAAGAUCAAAUUAUGAGAUGGGCAAGGAAAGUGAGAAUUUUCAGAUUCAAGAAUUCUGAGCUCCAUUUUUAUGAGGAUUACCCGAAGGAGGUAAUGGAACAAUGAUCAAAAUUUGCUUUGGGAAUGAAACAGGCAUAUGAUUUUUUUAAAACUGUACCUGUCCUUGCGUUACCCGACCUGAAUUAAAGUUUUUCCCCCUAAUUCUUCUGCUCAUACAUUUUUUGAUCGUAAAGAUGCACUAUGCCCACUGUAAUUGACUAUUGAACUGUGUGUGGAAGACUGCUUGGUUAUCUGACAUCUCAUUGGCAUUUCGGAAAGAAGAUUUAUGAAGAUCACUUGGACAUUUCAUUGAGAGACUAUUAAAAAGAAGAUAAAGGGACGUUCAUUAUUGCAUAUCAUUGGUAUUUCAGAAAGAAGAUAUAUGGUUCAAGUAUGUUCAAAUGGUUAUUCGGACAUUUGUCUGAGAAAAAGAAGAUAAAGGGACUUGUUCCUUUGACCUAUUAUUUGGUUUGAUUUUUUUUGUUUGUUUCUUAAUUAAUUGGUAGUUUUUCUUAUUAAUGGUUUUUAUUUAUUUAUAUAUAUAUAUAUAUAUACUAGGGGAGGGUUCAAUACUUACAUAAUAUUACUAGUUGGUAUUUUUGAAAAUUUAUUUGGGUUAAAUAUGCUAUUAAUCUUUUUUUCCUACUUUUUUUUUGAAGCACUGUGCUGAUUUGUUAUUAAAAGCUAUGCUUAGGUUUUUCUAGGUGACAUGUUUUAGAUCUUAAAAAUUGCUUUUUUUUUCUUUUUUGGUUUAAUUUCAAUAUAUCAGUAUGUUUUUAUAUAAUAGAAUGUCAUACUAAAAUAUAGCAGAAUUUAAAGCUUCUUUACGGAUUUAAUGUUAAAUUUAAGAUGGUGCCGGAUUUUCUUUUUAAGCCAUAACAUAGUUAUCUUUAAUUUAUUGUUUUGGCCCUGUCGGGUUCUUUCUUCAUUUAAAAAAGACUAAAUAUGAACAUGGGAUAGAUUAUAGAUGUUGGAAAUGUAAACAUUUUCCUUCAUUGAGAUUUUGCUGUUCCUCUUACAAGGUCAGUGAGUUCUGUUUCUUUUAACUAGAGGGAGCGAUUAGAAAAUCUUUUUGAAUUUUCUGGGUUUUUUUUUUACAGUCCAUCGCUUUGUAUCUAUUUAUGGGGUGCCUGCUAUCCUUCAGGCUGUGGGGGGAGGGAGUGGGGUUAGAGUUCGGGGGCUUUUCCCGUUGGGUGGUUCCGGAGCAUGCGUGUUUUCUAUAUGGUGGUAUUCUUCAUCACUGCCAUUUUUGAUUAUCCUGUAUUGGUAUGUGCUCUGCGCUAGUGUAAACGGAUUAAUGUAAUAUGCUGGAAUGUGUGUGGUUGGAAUCAUCCUAUCAAACUAAAAAAGACUUUUAAAAUCAUCAAUCGA